AUGCUUGGUUUCCGCCCCCACCUAUCCACGCAAGAUGUCCUCUUACAACUCCACCAUGAUCUCCUCGACCCACCCACAUUUUCAGACACAAAGGCUCUCCUUAGCCUGGACCUUCACAAGGCGUUCGACCACGUCUCCCAUUCGGCUAUCCUUGCCGAACUCGCAGCCCUCAACCCCGGCACCCGCACCUACAACUACAUUCGCGCGUUCCUCACCGCCCGCACGGCCGAAAUCAUCAUAGGGGACCUCCCGUCUCCCACGUACGAGCUUGGCCCUCGUGGCACCCCUCAGGGUGCCGUCUUGUCGCCUUUUCUAUUCAAUCUUGUCCUCCGCUCGCUUCCUGGCAAGCUGGACCGUAUCCCCGGUCUUAAACACACCCUGUACGCGGACGAUAUUGCUCUCUGGGUCACGUCGGGCUCUGACGGCCAUAUCGAGCAGACGUUGCAACGCGCAACCGACGUCGUCACGUCCCACGUGCACGCGGCCGGUCUUACUUGCUCAGCGGCCAAAUCGGCCCUUCUUCUCAUGCGGCCUCCCGACCGGCGUCGCUACAAAACUCCCCACCCCACCAUCACGGUUCAUGCCAACUCUACUCCUGUCCCCGUCGUUUCGCAUCUCCGCGUGCUCGGGCUGAUCCUACAGUCCAACCGCCAUAAUACACACACCAUAGACAAGCUCUCGCUCUCGGUGCAGCAGACCGCACGUAUGCUCGCCCGUGUCCGUGCGCGGCGUGAGGGCAUGCGAGACCACGAUCUACUUCGCCUUGUCGACGCUUUCGUCGUUUCCCGCCUCACGUACGGCCUUCCUUAUACACGUCUCCUAAAAUCGGAACGCGAUAAAAUUGACGUCCUCAUCCGCCGGGCAUACAAGACUGCCCUCGGCCUUCCCCCCAACACGUCCACCGAUCGUCUUCUCCGUUUGGGUGUACACAACACGCUCGACGAGUUGAUUGAGGCUCACCGCUCCGCUCAAGUGCAACGCCUUUACCGUUCGCCGACCGGUCGCCACAUCCUUUCCUCCAUCGGCCACGACACCUCCUCCCACCCUCCGGAUCUGGUCUCAUUACCCCAUGCUAUUCGAGCGGCGUUCUACAUCAAGCCGCUACCUAAGAAUAUGCUGGCGGGCCACCACGACGCUCGCCGCCAAGCCCGUGCCGCCAUGCUUCAAGCAAAGUACGCCGACCACCCGGCCGUCGCCUACGUAGAUGCGGCCCGAUACAGUGCACGCAGGGACGCCUUCGUAGUCGUUUCCGUGUCGCCCUCCUCAGCUCCUUUGGGGCCGACCAUCACGGCUGGCACCGUCAGAACGCCUUACGCCGUCGAGGCGGAGGAAGUGGCCAUUGCUUUGGCCGCGACCUCGGCUGACGCAAGCGUCAUAAUCAGCGACUCCAAACAAGCCAUCUCCAAUUUCGCGCGAGGUCUCGUCUCGCCUACCACCUUACGGCUACUUCGGCCCCUACUGCAGCAAGAUGAGCAGUGCCGCAUAGAACUGAUCUGGGUCCCCGCCCACUCGGGUCACCCCGGCAACGAGACAGCUCACCAACGCGCUCGAGGAUUCGUCGACCGAGCGGUGGGCCACUCAGAGUCGGACGCCCUGGUGCCGGAGCCCCUGGUCACCUACCACGACAUCACUCAGCACUAUCGCCUCGAGCGAUAUUUCUAUUCACAUCCUCACAGCAGCCUUCCCAAGCGGUCCGAGAUCGCCUGGCGUCGCCUACAGACCCGCACCAUCCCGUGCCCCCUCGUGUUUUCAUACAUGCACCCAGGUGCCAUCGAUCCACGCUGCUGCCUGUGCGGCAACGUUGCCUCGUUGAACCACAUCCUCUGGGGCCGCCCGGAGGAUCCCCCGCCCGCCGACCUCCUUUGCUCACCCCCCACCGAGGAACAAUGGGAGGCCCUUCUCUCCAGCAACGACAGAGACAUCCAGACACGGGUCCUGAAACGAGCGGAAGAAGUCAUCGAGAAGCACAGCCUGGCAGCCUUCGUGGCUUAG